AUGGCUCUCGCUCGAUUGGGCCAGAUUUACCGGUCAUGUCUCUUCCAGAUCAUCAUUGUUGGAAUUGUGGCAUUUUGUGAGCCGGGAAUCUGGACGGCGCUCAACAAUCUCGGCGCAGGAGGAAACGCAUCCCCUCUUUUGAACAAUGCCGCCAACUCUCUCACCUACGGGCUCAUGUCUGUGGGCUGUUUCAUAGCGGGAGGCGUAACGAACAAGAUUACGGCCAAGUGGACCCUGUUCAUCGGCGCAGCAUUCUACACUCCCUACGCAGCAGGGCUUUACUGCAACAAUCGCUAUGGUAACGAGUGGUUCCUAUUGCUUGGUGCCGGACUUUGCGGUAUUGGAGCAUCGCUGUUGUGGGCGAGUGAGGCAGCCAUCGCCGUUGGGUACCCCGAGGCGGAGAAAAGAGGCCGUUAUGUUGGGAUCUGGAUGGGAAUUCGGCAAAUGGGACCCCUCGUCGGCGGCGCAAUCUCCCUGGCACUCAACAUCAAGACGGCUGAGAAGGGCAAAGUCACCUACACGACCUAUCUAGGCCUGGUUGCCAUCUCCUCGCUGGGAGCACCGGCUGCUUUGCUCCUAUCGCAGCCUCAGAAAGUCAUCAGAACCGACGGCACAAAGAUUCCCUACAUGAAGCAGACCAACUUUGCCAUCGAAGCCCGCGCCAUUUGGAAGCAGUUGAGGAACAAGUAUAUGCUGCUGCUCAUCCCCGUUUUCCUGGCAGGUCAAUUCGGCACGACUUACCAAGGGAAUUAUCUCACGACGUACUUCACCGUCCGAUCUAGAGCUUUGGCGUCAUUUCUCACAGCCAUCGUCGGAGCAGCCGCCAACAUCACCACCGGUGCCAUCCUGGACAUCAAGCGCUUUGAGCGCUCCGCCAAAUCCAAGGUCGUCUACAUCAUUAUCCUAGUCUUCAUCACCGCUGCCUGGAUUUGGAAUGCCAUCAUCGAGACACGUCUUUCCCGCAUGGCCGAACCGCCCUCAUUCGACCUGGGCGAUGGCCCGUUCUUCAACUCUGCCUUCACGGUUUACAUGUUCUUCAAGUUCUUUUACGAAGUGCUGCAGACGUACAUCUACUGGUUGAUGGCUGAGAUCAAGGGCGCGCAGGGUGAUGGGGACAUUGCGCGAACGACGGGCAUUUUACGAUCGUGGGAGUCGAUUGGGAGCACGAUUGCGUAUGCUGUGGGCGCGACUCACUGGCCGAACAAGAACCAGAUGAUUUUGGGAUUCUCGCUGUGGGCCGUCACGAUUCCUUUCACUCUGCUUGCAGUUUUUGGCAACUGGAACCAGGGCGGGGAGGAGGAAACGUUGGAGAACUCGGAUGAGACGGAGAGUGACGUUGGUGUUGAGAGGGUUGCGGUUCGGGGUAAGGGGGAGCAAGUUUGA